AUGACCCAAAUGGCUACAACAAAAGUGCCAAACACAAAUUUACAAUUGAAUCAGCGUCAUAGACGACCAUUAAUAAAUCGUACACCAAUAUCUGAAAACCAUGAAAUUAAAAAUAUUAGUCACCCAAGAGUAAUUGAAAGAAUUAUUAAACCUACAAUUACGAUAAAAAAUCAAGAAAAUCUUACUAAAAUGGAUAAUUUAGAAUUAUCAACAACAACGACAACAACAACAACAACAAUUAAACCUUCAACAACCAAAACAGUUUCUAUCACAAAACAAAUAGUAACUGAAAAUAGCAUAAUAGAGAAAUUAAGGAAUUCAGGAAAUAUUGUACAGAACAUGACAGAAUUUCAAUCAAAUGGACCAGUUUUUACAUCAUUAAAUAAUUCCGAUGAAUUUCGAGAGCAACAAUUAAAUGAAAAAAAUUCGACAGAAAUUACAACAACAAUGGCUCCAGUACUUUCUGCUCCAGUACCAAUUGCUAAUAAUUUAGACUUUUAUUUAGAUCCUAUAAAUCCUGAGGUAAAUGAUGAUAUAGUGAAUCCAGUAAAUGAUGUUGCUAAUCUAACUGAAGGUUACGAUUCAUUUUUAAUCAAUGAAAAUAUUAAUGCUUUUACAACUGGAACAACCUUAUGCCCGAAAUGUAAAUGUGGUGUUAGGACCUUAAAAAAGAUUGUUGAUGGUAACGUAACUGCCAAAAAUGAAUAUCCAUGGAUCGUUCUGCUUACUUUUAAUCAGCAAUUUUUUUGUGCCGGAAGUUUGAUUAACGAUUUGUAUGUUGUAACCGCAGCACAUUGUACUUCAACUUUUCAAAUGGAUCAAAUUACAGUUAAUAUACAAGAUAUAAAAAAAGACAAUGAGAAAGAUUUUGAAGUCAUAACAAGAAAGGUUGCUAGGGUUUACCGCCCAUUACAUUUUGAUCAAAAUACAUUUUUCAAUGAUAUCUCAUUAAUAAAAUUAUCUGAACCUGUUGAUAUUAGUAAUGGAAUGAUUCGUCCAAUCUGUUUGCCAGUCGACAAGACUUCAUUUGUUGGAAAAAUUGGAUCUCUAACAGGUUGGAGAUUAAAUGUUCAAAACGAAAUUUCGUUUCAUUUGACGCGUAUGGUUAAUACUACAGUUCUGUCUAAUCGACAAUGUCGUAAUACACUUGUUGGUAAAUUGAUAGCACCAACAAUGAUUUGUUCUAGUAGUGCUACACCAACUAUCGGUACUGAAUGCCGUGGGGAUAGCGGUGGCCCAUUGAUGAUAACACAAAAAGGUCGCAGUCGUUUGGCUGGUGUCGUUUCAUGGGGUUUAGGGUGUACAAGAAAAAAUUCUGCUGAUGUUUUUACGAGAACAACAAAAUUUAAUGGAUGGCUUCGGAAAUUAAGUCAAGGGGCUUGUUGGUGUAAUUAA